CCGGUUUCUGCUGUCCCUUCUUCUCUUUCUAUUUCUUUUUCUCCAUCUUCUCAUAUCCCUAUUUCUUCUAUUUUUAUUCAUUUUCCUACUCUCCCAUCUAACUCUGUCUAUUUCUUCUACUAAUACUCACCCCAUGGUUACUCGGUCUAAAUCUCAUCAUCCUACUUGUUUCCUCACUUCUACUGAUCUCUCUUCUUCUGAUCUGGUUGAGCCUCAAUCUUAUCAAGAAGCUGCUCAAUUAGCUGCCUGGACUAUUGCCAUGGUUGAUGAAUACAUAGCUUUAAUGCAACAAGGAACUUGGUCCCUCUUCCUUUUACCAAAAAGGCUAUUGGUUGCAAAUGGGUUUUUCGUCUCAAAAAAAAUUCAGAUGGUACAAUUGUUCGAUACAAAACCAGAUUGGUUGCCAAAGGAUUUCUCCAAACUAAAGGUCUUCCGCUGAGGCCGAAUAUCGGACUUUUGCCCACACCACUGUUGAACUUAGCUGGUUUGGUAUGCUUUUAUCUGAUCUUCAUAUCUCAGUUCGAGUCCCCACUUCUUGGUGGGAUAAUAUGUUUGCUAUCUCUUUGUCCAAUAAUCCUGUCUUUUAUGCAUGGUCCAAACACAUUGAGAUGGACUACCAUUAUGUUAGAGAAAGAGUUGCAGCAAAGAAGCUUCAUAUUUGUCACAUCUCUUUUGUGGAUCAGCUUGCUGAUAUAUUCACCAAACCACUUUCUUCUCAUCAAUUUUAGUAUUUGCAGCACAGGCUUACGGUCUCUCAAACUCCCCUAAGCUUGAGGGGGCAUGAUAAGGAGCUAAGCCGAGCUGAGCCAACGUCAAGAAGAGAGCCCAGUCAUCUCAACAGAAUUAGUUAGGUAGUAAUAACUAGAGUUAGAUUGGUUUGGUUAGUUGUAAUCAUAGUUAACUAGUAGGUAUCUUUUUAUAUAAAUAAAGUACAAACUCUGUAAUUGUGAUUGAUAGAAUAAUAUCUUCCAUAGAUUUAGUUUUCCUUUAAAAGUAUCACUGAAAUUUGUUAGCCGGUCCCUUUUCUAUGUACAUAUUUUCCCAUUGUUUAAUGAGAGUAAGCUUACAGGAAUGCUAUGUAGCAAAAACA